UGACACAGAGGAUUCUAUUCUCCCCAAAAAGGUAGCUAACUGUACCAAGAGCUAGCUAUAUGAGAUACUGGUUAUCUCAUUAUAAUAGUACGGUUAUUUGAAUUGAAAAGUGUUUCGUGACAUAACAGUAAAGCAAAUAUUAUUGCAUCUGUGACUGAACGUUUCCUCCUCAAUCUGUUUGACGAAUGGGGUGAUUUGAAACAGUCAGCGCAUCACUGGCUAGCUGUUACGCGUUUAGCCCCUGUUCAUAUAGCUAGCUAUAGUAAACCUCAGUGGUUUAGACAGUUACUCGGCCUUGGUCAUAUUAACUAACGUUAGCUAGCUGGUUUAGAUAAAAUAUGUUUUUUGACAAAGCAUACAUUUUGGGUGUUGUUUUAUAAAAUGGAAGAGCCCUGGGAUUUCGAGUUUUUAUCCCGCAUUGUGGACGGGUUUGUUUCGUUUCUUUCCGAAUUUGUUGACGACUGGCUGGCUAAUGAUAUGAGAGUGUCAAUAUUCAAGAUAUUGUUUAGUUGGCUCGUUGUCAGUCUCAUUGCCAUCCAUUUCGCUUGGAAAUUUUACGGAAACACUGUGAACGAUAUGUAUUACCGACAAGGUACUGGUGGAAAGAAUGGAGGCACACCUGACACUGCACCUCACAGGAGCGGAUGGUAGGUGUCCAAGCAUCCAUGUCUCCCUCCAGGGAGAGUGCGGCAGGAGACAACCUCAAGACACAUCGUGAGUGACAGACAGGACAUAAAUUGGACUACAUACAAUUUGCUCUCUGUCUUAUCAGACAGGGUUGCUGAGUAGACACAGACUUGCUAAUGUUGUGCCUUUUCAAAUGGACUGGAGUUCAUUGAUGAGGUGGGCCUGUGGACGCUUCCUUUGAGCUGAAGAAGUUUCUCCUUGUUGGUUGUCAUGAAGAUAUAACGAUAUAAACACCAUGUAAUAUGCUAAAAUAUUCUCUCAUAUGCCAUAUCUUUUUUAAUCUCAUAUCUUUUUAAAUUUAGCUCCUCUGGCUCAUGUACAAUUGUACCUCCUUUUAUUGGUGAGACAUUCAAAUAUCCAUCUGGCUACAUAUCCACUGAUUGAUAUAGAUUUACAUGAAAUGUUACUCUAAUCUAGACAGAAUCUGGAGAGACUCAACAACUGUAUGCUGUGAGAGUUGUGGGUUGGUGUGACUGCAGUUAUGUUCAUAACAUAUUGUAUGAGUAAGGAGCUGUUCAGAGAGAUGGUUUCUGUUUUUAUUUUUGCUGGAGCAAGGCUACAUAGUAAUCCAUGAAGAUUGCGCUGGAGCAAGGCUACUGUGGAGAGAGUGGUCAGAGAUAGAGGUCUUACAUCAAACAGCAGCUUUCCUCAAAUUCAUAUUUCUUAUUCUUUACAGCCUGAUCCCUCAAUGACUGUCUUUUGAUUGUUAUGAAAAUAUAAAACAGUGAAGACUGGGGUGUGUUCAGUUUGAUUGAACAUUUGCUACAUUGUUUAUCUGUUUGUACUAGAUGACACGUUUCCCCAAAACGUUAUUGAACAGAUGCGGUAGGUUUGCUCUGUUUCGUGGGUCUGACAGGUUGAUGCUUGAAGAAAGUGAGUGACGUAUUUAAAGGUAAGCGGCCAUGCCGACAGCCUUCCACAACCCAACCACUCCCUGUUUUUAACUGGCCAUUUAGAACAGCACCGUUUCCAUUUGAUUGAAUGUUGGAGUAUGUUUUUUUUGUACUGAACGCAGCCCUGUCUUCUGAUUGCUGUGAAAAUAUUAAACAGUGAAGGCCAAUAAUGCUUUUUAUUGUCUCAAGUACAGGUUGGUACCUGUAGCAGUCCAAUGGAGUAGACACAUUGAUUGUACAUUUUAUGUUAUGGUCUUGUGCAGUUGAUUGGUACAUAAAUAAUUUUGUUUCAAAUUCUAA